CCGCCUCUCGAUCAGCCAGCGGAGUCCGUGAGCCCCCGGAGAAGCGGGACUGCCGCCAGAGCGCGCGCUGCGGCUCUCCCUCGCCACCCGCCCGCCCUUCCUGCCGCCUCGCAGCUUGUUUUUCCCGGCACCCUGGAGUCCCAAAAGGCCAGCCCCGCAGGUGCGCACCUGCCGGCCGCCCCUGACCUCCCGGAUCAGGCGGCCCCCGAACAGGAGAAGAUGGCCCAGCCCAAGCUCGACUGCCGCUCACCUGUCGGCCUCGACUGCUGCAAUUGCUGCUUAGAUCUGGCCAACCGGAGCGAUCUCCAGAAGGGGAAAAGCGGAGACAACAACCCGGGCAGCCCCACAGUGAGCAACUUUCGGCAGCUGCAAGAGAAGCUCGUCUUCGAGAACCUCAACACCGACAAGCUCAACAACAUCAUGCGGCAGGAUUCGCUGGAGCCCGUGCUGCGCGACCCCUGCUACCUGAUCAACGAGGGGAUCUGCAACCGCAACAUCGACCAGACCAUGCUCUCCAUUCUACUCUUCUUCCACAGUGCCUCCGGAGCCAGUGUGGUGGCCCUAGACAACAAGAUUGAGCAGGCCAUGGAUCUAGUGAAGAAUCAUCUGAUGUAUGCCGUGAGAGAGGAGGUGGAGAUUCUAAAGGAGCAGAUUCGUGAGCUGGUGGAGAAGAACUCCCAGCUGGAGCGUGAGAAUACCCUCCUGAAGACGCUGGCAAGCCCAGAGCAACUGGAAAAGUUCCAGUCCCGGCUGAGCCCGGAAGAGCCAGCAUCUGAAGCCCCAGAAACCCCAGAAGCCCCUGGUGGUUCUGCGGUGUAAGUGGCUCUGUCCUUAGGGUGGGCAGAGCCACAACUUGUUCUACCUAGUUCUUUCCAGUUUGUUUUUUGGCUCCCCAAGCGUCAUCUCAUGUGGAGAACUUUACACCUAACAUAGCUGGUGCCAAGAGAUGUCCCAAGGACAUGCCCAUCUGGGUCCACUCCAGUGACAGACCCCUGACAAAGAGCAGGUCUCUGGAGACUGAGUUGCGUGGGGCCUAGUAACCCCAAGCCAGUAAGCCUGUCAUGUCACCUGCCCUGGGGGCUCCCAGGGCCUGGGCAACUUAGUUACAGCUGGCCAAGGAGAAAGUAGUUUUGAGAUACGAGCCAGUGUUCUCCAGAAAGUAUAAGGGGUCUGUUUUUUUUUUUUU